AUGAAUAACAGCUCCAUGACUCUGAACCUUCCCCGCUCGCAGCAGCCUCUGAUAAUCUGGCAGUGGAACUGCCGCGGACUCCGCAAGAAAAAAAACCUCCUCCUCAACCAUAUGACCUUCACAGACACCCAACCGGACAUCCUCGUCAUUCAAGAAGCUAGAGGAGCGCUCAACCUUCGUGGCUACGACAUGUUCGCCCAACCGAGCAUUACCCACCGUCGCCGGGGCACUGCGGAUGAAAGCACCACCCCCACCAUGACGCUCACUUACGUACGUAAAGACCUCCCGACCACCCAAGAAGAUACUACGGAUGUCAACACCCCCACGCAAGAACACGUAACCACCACCACUCUCAUAGGUGACCAUCGCCUUACCAUCAUCAAUGCGUACUGGACUCCUAACCAACCUUCAACGCCCUUCCCGCCGCUACAAACCCUCCUCCCUAAGUCAAAUGCUCGCAACACUGUUCUCCUUCUUGGAGAUUUUAACUGCCCUCAUCCCGCCUGGGGCUAUGACCGCGCGGUGCCGCUAGGCCGUAAAUUGGCCUCUUUCACCAGCAAUCACCACUUCACUCUUCUUACGGAGCCGUCUAGCCCCACACGCCUAGGCACGGCACAAGAGUCGGACACAACCCCGGAUCUCACAUGGAUUCGCGGACCACUCCGAGCGAUUUGGGAGAACACAGAGGACUCUCUUGGCAGCGAUCAUCAGAUCCUGGAACUGCGCCUCCAAAUCAGCUCCCGUCUCCGUCGUACCACCGCCACCUAUCCCCGGACCAAGAUUACAGACUGGCCGAAAGCUAGAGCGGAUCUCGACAGCGUCGACACCGACACCCUGUCCCCAGAAGCUUGGAGUACCGCGAUUACUCGCCACGAUCCAACAACACACCAAGGAGAUUGCGCGCACCGAGUACCAGCCUCACGUUGA